ACUAUUGGAAUUUUAUCACGCUCUGUUUACAUCCAACUUCACCAUCCAAUGGAAUGAUUCGAUGUGAAAGUUUGUCUUUCCGGCGCUAGUAUGUCAGCCUAAAUGCUCUUCCGGUUGUAACUGCGGUACCGACAGUCAACGGUAACCAGCAACGAUGAAAUUUAACCGUCUUGUCACCUCCUCGCGGAGAAAAAACCGAAAAAGGCACUUCACGGCGCCCUCACAUAUUCGUAGGAGGCUUAUGUCAGCUCCUCUUUCUAAAGAACUUCGUUUGAAAUACAAUGUUCGUUCGAUGCCUAUUCGCAAGGAGGACGAAGUCCAGGUUGUUCGUGGUCACUACAAGGGUCAACAAGUAGGCAAAGUUGUCCAAGUAUACAGAAAGAAAUUCGUCAUUUACAUUGAAAGAAUACAACGUGAGAAGGCUAACAGUGCUAAUGUGUAUGUUGGUAUUGAUCCAUCCAAGACUGUUAUUGUAAAGUUGAAGAUGGACAAAGAUCGCAAGAAGAUUAUUGACAGAAGAAGUAAAGGCAGACUUGCAGCAUUGGGCAAGGACAAAGGAAAAUACACAGAAGAUACGACAGCAGCCAUGGAAACUUCGUAAAUUUAGACUAUUUCAUUUAUGUAUUUCAAUAAAAAUAACAUUGAAAUCCG